AUGGCGCAAUCAGGGCCAACAAUCGUACCAAACCCUUCAGCUCUGAAAAGACAAGGUCAAGUACCUGAGCCAACGAUUGAAUCUCUACUUCAAAUCUUAUUUCAAGCAACUUCUCCGGAUCCAUCUGUUUUAGCAAGUGCUUCAGAACAUUUGAGUGAUCUGGAAACGCAUAGCUCAUUAUGGCUUAGACUCUUGGAUAUAGCCUUCGAGAGGAAUAAUCCGCUGGAGCCAGGCCUGCUUGAAAGGGAAAGGGGUUCCAUGACCAAUUUCAAUGGCCCAAUCACCGCCGAAGAUGUUGCUAAACGAUGGAGUGCAAUUCGUACAGUCGCAACCAUUCGCUUCAAGAAUGGAAUCGAUAAAUAUUGGCGUAGUCGUGUGAUGAAUAGGGUCACCAUUACAAUCUCACAAGAUGUGAAAUCUCAACUACGACAAGCCCUAUUUCGAUGUUUGGAUGAGCCUGAUCGAGGAGUUGCUUUACAAGCUAGCGUCUCGAUUGCUAGGAUCGCUCGAAACGACUUUCCCAACUCGUGGCCUACACUGUUUGACAGCCUUCAGACGGCGAUGAUUGAAGCACAUGGGAGGAUCACAAACUCAACCCAAGAAGCAGAAGUGGAUCGACUCACUCUUUUGAGAGCAGCUGAUGUAUGCGCAAGAACAUUGAAAGAGCUAAAUACUGUUCGCAUCUUAGCAGGCAAAAUCCGAAUGACUGAGCUAUCACAACAGCUUUUGCCCACUUUGGUGCCCAUGUUUCAACAAUACUUCACAGAAACUUUACCGACAAACGACAUGCUGCAGUCUCCAGAAGGACUUUCGAGAUGGUCGCAGUCACCCAAUCUGUCUAUGAGAAUACGAACAUCACACUUGCUUUUGAAAUCGGUCAGUCAUCUAGCCAUUGCCGAUGCUGGCACACUCUCAAAGAAUGCACAAACAUAUGCCGACAAUCGACCAAAUUACGCUCGAGAAUUGUUCAAAAUCACGCCUGGAAUGCUUCAAUUCAUUCGCGAUGUUCGAUGGACGUUCAUUCAAUUCGUACAACAGCAACAAAAUCAACAAAGUCUUUCUUCAGAUCAUCAGGCAAUCUUGACAGGACUACAGAAACAUCUUUUGUCUUUUGGAAAGUUGUAUUCUGGACUGGCAGGACGUGAACGUAGCAAAGCGGUUACCUGGCAAGGAUGGGACGAAGUUGUGCUGUGGUAUUGGCAGCAGGCAAUCGAAGCAUCGCCAGAAGAGCUCACGACAACGAGCAAAUCCGACGUAAGCGGAGAUGUAGCACUCUUUCAGCAGCAUCCUACCAAGCUACUAGUGCAAGCGCUCACUUUGCUCAAAACCAGCAUGGAAGAUUGGAGAAAAACGGAUACUCUACCAGCGACGUUCAAGGACGAAAAUAUGAUCUCCAAUAUGGUUGACAUUCUGGUGGAAAAGCUAAUGUUGCUAAGCACGGAUGAUUUGCAGAUAUGGGAAGCCGAUGCAGAAGAUUGGAGUAUUGCAGAGGAAGCCGAGACAUACAAUACAGAUGUACGUCCAGCAGCGGAAAGGGCACUGAUGGUUUUGGCCAAAGCAGCUCCUUCUAGGGACAGCAGGUUCGUAAGUGAAUUGCUUUGGCAGAAGUUCGAGAAUUUGGGCCAAGGCGGACCGGAUAUGUCUCUUCAAGGCAUCUUACGCAGGGAUGCAAUCUAUGCUGCUGUUGGACGUGAACUUUAUCCACACUCAGACGAAUACAUAUCCGAGGCGAUCGUAACACGACUUGUAGGUGAAGCCUCCUUGACCUUCUCCGACUCUUCUUCAUGGAUCAUCAUUCGUAGACGGAUCGCUUGGCUUAUCUGGGAAUGGUCAGAACACGUAAUAUCCACUCAUCGACCAGUGAUCUAUGACUUGCUUGUGAGCCUAUUGCAGGAUGUGCCUGGUAAAACAGAUGCUGCAGUACGCUUAGCAGCCGCAAGAUCGCUGUCCGCCAUGGCAGAUGCAUUGGAAUUCGAUUCGGACGCCUUCCAACCUUAUAUCGAUGCAAGUUUAUCCAGAUUGGCAACCUUGGCUGCAGGUUCUGAAUUGCACGAGAUGGAUAGCAUCAAGACGUGUACAAACGCAAUGAGUAUUUUGAUCGAAAGGCUUGGCGCACGAAUUGCUCAACAUUUGCAACAAUUGGCCACCCUUGUUCCGCAAUUGUGGACUUUGGAUGAUCCUGAAUGUAAAGCACGACCAAGCAUUAUUGUUUUUGUCAGUAAGCUGGUACGUAGCGUUGAGCUCAUUCCGCAUGGAUCGCAAGGUGCAGGAACAUCUCUACAUGGCAUCGUUGAGGUCAUUGUCCGUCAAAGCUUGAUGCAAGAUAACAUUUCCAUGUUAGGCAAAGAUGCAUUGGAACUAUGGAUUCGUACAUUGCGCUCGUCUUCCCAAAUGACCGAUUCGCUCUUUCGACUUUUGGACAUCUUGCCUUCCUUGCUGGAUCAGCCAGAUUACUGCCCGGAGGCUUGCAGAGUAGCGCAAGAGUCAACUUUGAUGGCAGCAGAAGCAGUGAUUGCCAAGUACGGAGCUGGUCUAUUUGAAAGUUUUGCAAAAGUGGUUGGCGAUCCCCAAAGUCCACUCAUCCUUCAUCCGAUAUCAUCUUUGGAUAUAAUCGUACAAGCAUUGCAUGCACAAGGCGUUGAUACGAUGGCAUGGGCAACUCUCUUGGAUCGAAGCGGUUUGUUUUAUACGUUGUUAGGCUCACUGUUAAAGGUAGAAGAUGCUACAGUGGUCAAAGGAUACUUUGUAGCCCUGCUUGCCAGACUUGCUUUCAUCAUGGACAACACAUCAAUCUUUAUGGAACUUGUUCGCUCGGCAGCAGGUCGACUUGAAGGCACAACAGCCAACAUAGGCAAUACAGUGGUAAAGCCAAUGGCAGAAGAAUGGUGUGCAAGAGUGGAAAAUAUGGCUUCUUCACGUAAACGAAAGAUCACUUGUUUGGGCUUGGCUGCCCUUUUGAGCAAUGCAGAUCCGCAAAGGGAACCCGAAUUAUUUACCGUUUUACCUGCCAUGAUUGGAAUUUGGAUGGAUAUUAUGGGUGAUAUGAGACAAGAUGCUGGCUCUUCAGAAGAUAUUGGCGCUCCAGUCUUACCGAAUGCGCCUCCUUCAUCACCAACUCUGACCCGCUCAUUCUCUCAAGCGCCAGAUCUUUUGCAUGAUUGGUUGCAAGAAACUUCACCUGGAAGAGCACGAUUGACAGAGUUGAAUCGCUUAGACCCGGUCAAUACGGUCAAAUUGACAACGUGCAUUUCUGAUGCUAUGCGAAGAGCACAAGGGCAUGGUGGAGCAGUAUUUCAAAACAGCCUUGCUAGCAUGGAUAGUUUGGUGAUGGAAAUAUUCCAAAAAGAUCUUAAUCAAUGAAAAAGAAAGAAUAGAAUGGUUUGCAGAAAACUUUAUAGAGUACAAGAUUUCGAAAAAUACCCAUGCUCGUAUACACUUCAAGAAUACUUGCACUUCUCACAAUCAAUGUACGAUAACCUCAAAAUUGAAUUUAGCUAAUAGAUAAUUGAAUUGUUGAAU